AUGAGAUCAUCUUAUGUACUUUCAUCGCCCAAACCUCGAAAAAUUAUAAGAUAUAAUUCUUCCAAGAACAUAACUGGAUUCCCUCUUCAUAAGGAUCGUAUUUCCACCUUCUCUUAUACUCCUUCCAAAUUAACUCGCAAUCUUAUUUCAAGUGAGCAGUUUAAAAUCGAGCCAAUUGUGUACAAUGUAGAGUUUCUUCAGUCAUGGAGCUCUACUUCAGAAAUCAGCUGCUCAUCUGUGUGGUUUUUAGAUGAGCAAAGAUUUAGAAUUCAGCCAAUGCUCAUAAAGUCAAACUAUCCAAUUGAUCAGGAUAUGCUCAAUAAAGUAUCAGAUAAUACUUUAAUCAAAACGCAAUCAAUUAACGGUCUAAAGUACACUUAUGGUGAAAAAAAGUAUGAGAAUCUAAUUCUGACUUUUUACUUCACACCAUUUGCAGAGCCAAGGUUUUGUCGCGUUUGGAACUCUCCAUCCACAUCCGCAUCAUCAGUGAAGAGAUUUAAGAUUUCUUUGGGUUAUACCGAGAUUGUACAAGGAGAAGUUCCUCAAGACUAUGGAACGGAAGUUUCUCUUAUCCAUUACAGACCAAUGAGCUUAAGAUCAAAGCUUCAAAUAUCUCAGGUCUUCAUUGAUUAUUAUAGGACGCCCGUUAUAGACAAGUAUGGAGCUGUUCCAUUGAUCAAGCACGAUUCAAUUGUUUUUGAAUUCUUAAAAAACUACGGCGCGGAUAAAAUGUUCGGUUUGAACGGCAUCGAAUUAUUCGACAAGAAUUUAGAGCUCAUUCCACCAUCAGAUAUAAGUGAAAUAUAUUUAGAAGGUACUAUUAACUUUACAAAUCCACUUACACUUGUAAAUCGUGAUGAAAAAACAGGUGAAUUUUCCAAUCCUUUCAUGAUGGAAGUUCUGAAAUCCGAUAUUUGUCCAAAAAUCAGGAUUGAGUUUAAGGAACCAAAGGUCAUUAGCUUUGUUAGAUUCUUCAAUGCAAAAAUUGCUGGAUACAAUAACAUUGGAAUUAAAAUAUGCAGAAUUAAGAUUGACGAGAAUAAUUCCUUUGUUAUCAAAUUUGGCAAGUCCGAAGUAGUUGAAACUGCAUUGAAUGAUCUCUCAGCCAUCAAAAGACAAAUCAAAAUAUAA